AUGGAGUUGAAUUUUGUGUGGUUGAUUGUUGCAACUUUCUUGUGUGGAUGGGCUUUUGUAUUUUGGUUUCUCAAGAGAGUAAACGAGUGGUAUUAUGUUGGCAGGGUGGGAAAAAUGGCAUACCCAGCUCUCCCACCAGGUGAUAUGGGAUGGCCUUUUCUUGGGAACAUGUUGUCUGUCAUGAAAUGUCUAAGAGCUGGUGACCCUAACUCUUUCAUCUAUAACCUUGUCUCCAGAUACGGGAAGACAGGCAUCUACAAAACCCACCUGUUAGGGAGCCCAACAAUCAUCGUUUGCACGCCGGAAUUAUGUCGGCGUGUCUUAACAAAUGACGAACAUUUCAAACAUGGUUAUCCUAAAUCCACCCAUAUUUUAGCCGGGAUAAAAGGCUUACAAGAUACUUCAAUCGUAGAACACAAGCGUCUGCGCCACAAAAUCGCCAAUCCCAUCAACGGACACAAAGCACUAGCACUAUAUGUCAAACAUAUAGAGGACGUUGCGAUUAAUUCCUUGGAUGGAUGGGCUAGCAUGAACAAGCCAUUCGAGCUCUUCACAGAAAUGAAGAGGGCUAUCUUCAAGGUCAUGACGGACAUUUUCAUGGGUUCUGUUAGUGAUUCUACUUUCUCAACGACACAGAAUCUGUUUAAUGACUUUUUUCAAGGACUAGUUUCCAUGGCCAUUGAUAUCCCGGGGUUUGCUUUCCAUAAAGCAUUCAAGGCAAGAAAAGAGUUGGUGAAAAUCCUUCAAUCUAUCUUGGACAAAAAGAGGAUGACGGCUAAAAGUGAUGAUGAACACAAGGGAAAGAAAGAUAUGAUGGAUUUGCUAAUGGAGGUUGAGGAUGAGGAUGGUCAAAAAUUUGUAGAUGAGGAUAUCGUAGAUUUGAUGCUCGGUUUCUUCGCAGCUGGUUUUGGGAGCACGACAACUAGUACAUUAUGGGCAAUGGUACACCUAUCAGAACAUCCUGAAGCCCUAAAAAAAGCCAUGGAAGAACAAGAGGAGAUCAUGAAGAGAAGACCAUCUACCCAGAAAGGAUUGAACUUUCAGGAUAUUAAACAAAUGAAAUAUCUUGCUGCGGUAAUUGAUGAGAUGUUGCGCACAACAAAUCUCUUCGGGAUAUUCCGAGAGGCGAAAGUCGAUGUUAGCAUGAAUGGUCACACAAUACCAAAAGGAUGGAAAGUUUUGGUCUGGUUUGGAGUUGUUCACAUGGAUCCUAACAUUUAUGAAAACCCACAAGAUUUUAAUCCGUCAAGAUGGGAUAAGUUAAAAGCAGCCAAAGGAGGGACUUUCCUCCCCUUUGGAGCAGGAAGCAGAUCUUGUCCUGGAAGUGACCUGGCCAAGCUUGUCAUAACCAUUUUCCUUCAUUAUUUUCUCCUUAACUACAAGCUUAAGCGACUUAAUUCCGAAUCCCCGCUAAGUUUCACGGGGGGACUCAUGUUCAAAGACAACUGCCUCGCCAAAGUUACAAAGAUCCCAUAA